CCACGCCCAGGUCACGUGACACCGCCCAGCCUGUCCUGAGAGGGCACGGAAACAGCUGAACGAGAACAACAACAUGCUGCAGACUUUUUCUCACUCAAACUCGUCCCACAUUCCUGCUGCAGCGGCUCGGACGUGGGUAGCAUGCGUGCCCGGUGAACGGCGGACCCCACUCGGGGGAGUUUAGGGGAAACCCCGGAGCUCGUCACCCUCCCUCCCCCGAACCAGCAAGCCGCACCAUGGCCCCGUCCCUCAUCCCAGACUGCCGCAAUCUGACAGUCUCGACGUGGCUGCUGUCGCUCUGCUUCGUCCACUGGCUCUGCCUGGACUUCACGGUGGCGGAGAAGGAGGAGUGGUACACAGCCUUCGUCAACAUCACGUACAUCGACCCCGUUACCUCCGCGCCCAGGACGGAGAAAAGCGAAUGCGGUCGGUACGGGGAGCACUCGCCCAAGAGAGAAGCCAAAGGUCAGGUCCUGCUCCCGGCCAGCCCGCAGGACAGACAGGCGUGCGACCCCAACGUCAGGUUCCCGCGGGCCGCCCAGAGCGCCGGGGCCUGGGUGGCGCUGGUGGCCGCAGGGAACUGUUCAUGUCAGGACAAAAUCCGCAACGUUGCAAACUCCAACUCGUCUGCUGUUGUGAUAUACAACACCGCCAACGACACCAUAACAAUGCCACAUCCAGACACAGGUGAUGUUGUGGCCGUCAUGAUCCCUGAGCCCAAAGGUCGUGAGCUCGUGGGCUUGUUAGAGCGGGGCCUUGUGGUCACCCUGCACAUCACUGUAGGAACGCGUAACCUGCAGAAGUACGUGAGCAGAACCUCUGUCGUGUUUGUCUCCAUCUCCUUCAUCGUCCUCAUGAUCAUCUCCCUCGCCUGGCUCGUCUUCUACUACAUCCAGAGGUUUCGCUACGCUAAUGCACGAGAUCGCAACCAGAGGCGAAUGGGAGAUGCUGCUAAAAAGGCCAUGAGUAAGCUUCAAGUACGCACUCUAAAGAAAGGAGAUAAGGAAAUGGAACCUGACUUUGACAACUGUGCUGUCUGCAUCGAGUGUUAUAAACCUAAUGACGUUGUGAGGAUAUUACCAUGCAGGCAUGUUUUCCACAAACACUGCGUUGAUCCAUGGCUGCAGGACCACCGCACGUGUCCCAUGUGCAAAAUGAACAUCCUAAAAGCCCUGGGAAUUCCUUUCGACGCGGACUACAUAGAUGAGAUUCCUCCUGACUACGAGGUGUCUAUCCGGGGUCCGUUCACCAAUCCUAUCAGUGCUGCAAGUGAAAUUACGGUCAAUGAGAGCUCAGUGGUGCUGGAACCUGCUGGAAGAGCAGCGGACCCACAGAUGAUGCAUCAUUACGCAGAGAUGGUUCCAGCGCCGGACCAAAGCCACAUCAUUGCCAGCAGAGUGACUAAUUGCACCUCCCAUCCCUCAGGUGAACACCAGCCUCCGCUCAGCAGUGAUUCAGACACUUCAGUCCUCACGAGCAUGGAGAGGUCUGAGGUGGAGCUGUCUGCGGAGCAGGAAUGUGACGAGGCCAAAUCCCGAGCCAAUCAGUACUGAAUGAAAGGGAUGGAGGAACUCGGUGAGAGCAGGACUGGGAGUCCAUCAGAGACGGGGCCGUGCUUGAAGCUAAUGUGAAGUGUGUCCCCUCAGACCCCACGUCCACACAGACUGAAAGAGACUCCUUUCUGUCUGUAGAUGUGAUUCUCUCCUUCAGCAGUCGGUCUCUUCACAUCCUUCAGCCUGCUGUCUGAAGAGCACAAACAGACCGAGCUCAUCACAGAAGGCAGCAGUCGGAUUAGGAUCCUGAACUUAAUCCGGCUGCACAGGAGCAGCGGGCCGACCCUAAUGCAUGUCUGCAACUUCAGUUAGCAUGAAAUUGUGUCUUGGUACAUGAUCACUGCCAGCAGAUUAUAGAAGUUUUGUAGACAAACAUCAGCCGAAAGUAUGUCGGUGAACCAACAGCACACAUUCAGCAUCUUCAAAUUGGGGUAUAUGAUGGUUUAUUUUUUCAUAAAACUUGAAAUUUAGAUUUCACAAGACAGUAAAGAAUGUGUACGCACAAAAGAAUCGGAAUUUCUAAAUGGUUUUUUUUAUGUUACUGUUUGUGUAUGUUGGAUUUUAACCUUUCACCUGUUACAGAAAGGUUCCCGUCUUCACAUUUGACAAUCGUAGCUUUGUCAAAAGCAUUUUGAACUGAUGUCAUCCAUUGCUCCACUCAAACGGCUGCUAGAUUUUACAGCACAGCAGGAAAGGGAAAUGCUGCGUUAGGCAAAUCUGGUUAUUGAGGUUUAUUCUACUAAGGGUUUUUUUAUUUUGAACCUGACCAGUCUGCAACACUUAAGAUGAGCACAAAUUCACCACAUGUUUUCAUGCUAUAGAACUUUAAAAAAAAAGAUAUAAAAGCACAUGAACAGAAAGGAUUUUUAAAAAGGUAGACAUAAAUCUAUGCCAUACCACCUUUUGAUCCCAAAAGCACAACUUGUACAGUUUGAAGAUGUCUCCACUUGAAGCUUUCAAGUGCGUCCUUACUGCUCUGAAAAAAACAAACAGGUUUUUAUCAAAAUUAUUUUAUUUACCUUGAAAGUUAAUUUAUUUUGGGUUUUUUUUGUUUAAAAUGAAACCAUAAAAUAGAAAAUAUAUAUAUUUGUUUUCAUUUUCUUAAGUUGUUUGGUCAAAAAUCCAUUUUAACUGUUGCAUCUACAUAAACUAAACGGGGAAACUCACAAGGAUGUUAUUUUUCUUGAUAACUUUUGACAGGACAUUUCUAAUCAUUCAUGAGUCUCGUCCAUCCUGACUGUUUUGCCUUUGUUUCUGUUAAAUUGUGCCGUCAUGUUGCAUUGUGGAUUUGCACAAAUGCCAUUGUGUCAGGAGGCGAGUUGUUUUAAAACAGACACUCUGUCCUCCGCGUUUUGCGCAGAAACUGUGUGAGUCGUGUGUGUGUGGUUUAAAGCUGUAACAGCCUGAUAACAGCACACUCAUUUUUGGUCAUUUUUAUCUAUAAAGUUAGACAUUUGUGCAUCAAAACCAAACAUUUACUAAAACAUUGGGAUGUUACCAGCACAUGCACAAAUGGGAUAUCAGUUCAGCAUCGUAUGCACAUUUGUCUGCAUUGUGAAAGAUUCCAUUGUGGUCUAUUUUUGUACACUUGCUUGACUUGUAAAUAUUCAUGUUUAGCAUUGUGUAGCCUAUGUUGUGUUAAAUAUCCAGACUGUACGAUAAUAAUGAAUGUGAUUGUUACCAGCUCAAUAUGGACCCUGAUGUUUGAAUGUUAACUUGCAUAUACUGAACAUUUAAACCUACAAAUGUUGCAAAAGGCUCAUGUUAAUAACUGGAUAGCAUGAUCCCCAAAGUGACCCUUCCCAUCCAUCUCUAUUUUGUUCAGAUGGUUUCAAAGACAUUUUAUUAGAAUGUGUUCAGUAAAAACAUGAAAACUUAUUUUGUUGUGGUUUAGGCAGACAUUUUUUUUUUCCAUUGUUGUCAUUUAGAUUGGCAUAAAAAACGCACAUCAAGUUGCAACUGUAUACAGUGUCAUCUUAGUUAAAAGGAUCCAUGUCGGCACAUUUUGAGAAUUUUUCCUGAUUGUUUUGGCUAAAAUUAUUGUACAUUUUCCAGUUAUUUGGAAAAUUUCCAACAGGUUCUUAACAUAUAUGGUAAGAGUCUACAUGGAAUUUUAAGAGGUUUAAACUCUGAAAAAGCACUGCUCGGUUCAAAUUCUUUAGUUUCUUCUGGCUCACUUUUUACAAAUCUUUGGAGAAGAACGUCAAGUUUUAUUUUGUAAUUUCAAGGAAGCUUCACAAAUGAGAGCCGCAGGGCUGAACACAGCAGUUAUGAUUGUGUAUAUUUUAUCUGGAGCUCACGAUGCCAGUCAAAUAUAUAACCAGUUGGAAAUGACGCGUUGAUGUCUUCAUAUAUGAUCAAAUGUCUCUAGUUUCCCUUUGUUUACUCAUGAUGCAUGUGUUUGACUGCCCAUGUGUGACAAUAAAAUUGAAUCCAUUUUUUUCAACCUUU